AGCCCAGAGGUGAAGUGUGUACCAUGUCACUCGUCCUGUACUGAGUGUACAGGCCCAGGGCCCUACAACUGCACCAGCUGCCAUGCUCUAGAGCGCCUCACUGAGGAUGGGAGAUGUUUAUCCUGCUGUGGAGACAAACACAUGGACUCCUCCCCGGUGCCCUGGGAGUGCUGCCACUGCGGCGAUGCUCUGUCUCUAGACUGGUGCGUCCUCGGGAUCAACUUUGACUUCCACAGCAGAGAGCAGGUGCCUGCAGGUAACCCCGCCCUUGUUGCCAUCAUAGCGAUAUUCCUGCUGCUGGCCGUAGGAGUGGUGGUCCUCCUUUUCAUGCACUGGCGCCCCAAACUGCCCUCCUUUCCAUCUGUCAAAUCAAAGGGCUACACCAAAGUGGACAAAGAGCCCUCCUUCACCUCUGCCACCCUGCGGGACAGCAUUCAGGCAGAGUACUGCGAUAGAGACGAUGAUGAAGAGGAGGACAAGGACAGUGAAGAUGAGAUCGUGUACAUGGGGCAGGAUGGAGUGGUGUAUAAGAAAUUUAAGUACGGCCUUUUAGACCAGGAAGAGGACGACGUGGAGAUGGAGUAUGACGACUCCAUCUAUGCCUUCAGAUGAAGUGUGUAGGACUGAAGUAUGUGGGACUCUUUAGUAGCACUUUUCCACUUUCGUUGGCUGCCAGAAAAUUAUUUAUUAGAAAUGUGUUAAGAAAAAUGAAGAACAAAUGAGAUAAAUAUGAACAAGUAAUCAGCAAUGUCAAUAAAAAGUAUUUUCCAAUAUAUUGGAAAAAAGUUGUAUUGAUGCAUCAAACAAUAACAGCACUAAAAAUGACCUUUUUCAGGAUCAACUGAA